CACCAUUAAUUAUUUGCUCAGCCCUGUUAAAAUCAGUUUUACUCUUCCUAAUCAAUAAGCUUAUCCAUAUGGGUAAUCACAUUACCCGAAUAAACAGAAGAUCUGCACCCAUUGAACCUCGCCGAGACAUUGAGGAAGGAGGUGCCCGUCAUAAUAAUGAGGAUUCAGCGUCGUCCAGCAGAGGUUCCACUCCGGAAGAGGUGGGGGCGUUUUUGAGACAAACAGAUACAAGUCAGACGAACCCGUGGCUUCAAUACGUCGGCGAUUGCAAGGGGUUGGACACCUUCUUGGAGACGAAGGAUGGCUGGGGUUGGAUGUUCCCAAAGUUUCUCAACGCACUUUUCCGUGGUGUUGGACAGGUGGUUUUCUGUAACAACCCGUUCACCGGUUUGGUCAUUCUGCUCGCCCUCUUUUGGGCUGAUCUCUUCGUGGGGUUGGCUACCACUUUGGCCGCGUCCACCGCCAUUAUCACUGCUAUCAUCUUCCGCCAAGACUACGCCCACAUUAAUGCCGGUCUUACCACGUACAACGCCGUGCUUAUCGGCUCUGUCACGUCUGCUCUCUGGUUUCCCUUGUACAAAAUUGAGAUUAACUUUUUGAUUUGGGCCUUUAUUGUGUUGGGAGCUGCUCUCUCUGUCUUUGUGAAUACGGCCAUGUCGAACUUUCUCUCCUCGUUCAAGCAGCCCCUUCCUUCUCUGACCUUCCCAUUCAACAUCGUCGCCCUCCUGCUCUUCACCUGCCUCAUGCCCACGCCCUUCCCCAUAGUGCCAAACACCUCCCUCAACGACACGCGCACUCCUGGCGUGGCCAUGGAACUCGUCGCCCGUCCAGUGGAUCCUCCCAUGAACAACUCUCUCGUCCGAACCACCCGUGGCGCAGAGGCGGCCGACCCGACCAUCGUUAUUCCGACGGAUGCGGACAUUGCUAAAAUCUAUGUGCCAAACGACAAGGAUUUGCAUUGGGGGAGUACCCUCUUGGGAAUGUUGCUCUCCAUGGGGCAAGUUUACGGUGUUAACAACCUCAUUGCUAGUAUGCUCAUGUGGAUGGCUACCUUGCUAUAUUCCCCCACGCUUUGCAUGAUGAGUGCCAGUGGAGCAAUUUUAGGCACUAUUUUUGGACUUGUUUUCACUGAAGCUGGGUCCUACGGUGCCGUGUACGAUGGACUUUGGGGUUUCAACGGAAUUUUAUCCGCUGCCGCAAUUGGAGGCUUUUUCUUUGCAUUUACCCUCCACUCGUUUGCGUCUGCAUUGGCCAACGUAAUUUUCACCGUUCUGAUUCAACACGCAUUGGCAAUUGCUUUCGGACCGCUCCGACUCCCCUUCUUUACCCUCCCAUUUGUCUUGAGUACCUUCAUUUUCUUGCAAAUGAGCGCAACUGGAGACAACUUGGUUCGAGUGCUGAAUAUCACCUCACCGGAAAUGCAUCGUCGCGAAUAUCUGCACAACAUCCGAAUCAACUCGCCUGAUCAAGGAAACCGACGCGAUACCACGGAUGAGAUUGCUGAAGAGAAAGAACUCGUCCUGAAGGAGGUGAAAGUCAUCAUGGAAGAAGCUCCCAAGGACAACGGGGAAGAAAAGAAGACUGAAGAAAAGUCUGCAACUGAAUAAACUUGAAAUUCAUGGAUUUGCUGUUACCAGCUAAAAAGUAAUAACUUUUGUAUGCACUCAUAUACCGAUGAGAUUUAUUACGUAUUAAGAUUAUGCGUGUCAUAGUAUUUAAUUAAUGUUAAUAUUUAUUUAAUCAUGUCGUGUGUACUACAAAAUAUUUAAACUAUGUACAACUUAUUCAGUUUGUUAUUAAGUAAUCAUCUCUUUCAACUGUUCGCUUGAUUGUUUACUUAAAUGGAAAUGUUGAGUCAUAAUAAAAAUAUUUAACUUGUUGUCUCUUAAUUUUGUAAGGUUUAAUAAUUGUAAAACAAAUAUUCUAUGAUAUUGUUAAACUAAUUAAAACUCAGUAAUUUUCAUUAAUUAAUUAGCUUAAGUUCUUAUAAUCUAUGAAAUGAUAUGUAUUUUCCUUGGUCUCAUUUUUUGCCCAACAAACAACUCAAUAAUUGUCUCGUCAAACUCAACUUACUCAAUCUUAUAAGUAUACAAAUAUUUAAUUUUAAUCAAACAAAAAGGUUUAUUUUGUACAAAGGAAAUCUAUAUAAAAAACAUUUAAUAAUCUAAUCUUAGCUUUUGCAAAAAAAAUUUACAAAUCAAAAAAUAACCAAAUACAGAAUUUUCAUCAUGUACAACAAGACAUGAAUUAUUUGUUAUGCUUACUUUUCUAAUGAUGAUUAUAAUUGUGUGUGUUGAAAACGAAAUAUAAUAAAUAAAUAAAUAAAUGCUGGGGUACAGCUA